CCACUCCAUCACACGGGCCCUGCCGGGCCUAAUAACGCCCGCGCGGGGCUCGGUCGAACAAGUUUGCAGACUUGUGUCGAGAGCCGAGGAGCACCUGCGCGCCGAGCUUUUUCCUCCAAGUUUCGGCUUCUUUUCGGAGUCUAAAGCUUGUCUUUGACUUGAGGUGCUUUUUACCGAACUUUGUUUUUGUUUUUUGUUUGUUUUUAUUUUGUUUUUGUUUUGUGGCAAGAGAGCAAAGCCGUCCGGGUCAGCUAUGUAUAACAUGAUGGAGACCGAGAUCAAGUCCCCGCUGCCUCCUCAGCCCAACUCGGGCUCGGCUCCGGGCUCCAAGGGCGGCGGCGGCGGCGGCGUCGGCGACCCGGAGCGCGUCAAGCGGCCCAUGAACGCCUUCAUGGUGUGGUCCCGCGGCCAGCGGCGCAAGAUGGCUCAGGAGAACCCCAAGAUGCACAACUCGGAGAUCAGCAAGCGACUCGGCGCCGACUGGAAGCUGCUGACGGACGCCGAGAAGCGGCCGUUCAUCGACGAGGCCAAGCGGCUGCGGGCUAUGCACAUGAAGGAGCACCCGGACUACAAGUACCGGCCGCGCAGGAAGACCAAGACCCUGCUGAAGAAAGACAAGUACUCGUUACCCGGCGGGCUCCUGGCCCCGGGCGGCCCCGCGGUGGCCAACCCGGUGCAGGUGGGCCAGAGGAUGGACGGCUACGCGGCGCACAUGAACGGCUGGAGCAACAGCGCCUACUCGCUGAUGCAGGAGCAGCUGGCCUACCCGCAGCACCACGGCAUGAGCGGCCCGCAGAUCCAGCAGAUGCACCGCUACGAGAUGGCCUCGCUCCAGUACCCCAUGAUGACCACGGCGCAGAGCUACAUGAACGCGGCCUCCACCUACAGCAUGUCCCCGGGGGCGGCGGCGGCGGCAGCGGCGGCGGCUUACGGCUCGCAGCAGGCCGCCGUGGUGAGCGCCGGUGGGGCCGGAGCCAACCCCAACCCGGCCAUGGUGGGCCUGGGCUCUAUGUGCAAGAGCGAGCCCAGCUCGCCGCCCCCGGCCAUCACGUCGCACUCCCAGCGGGCCUGCUUGGGGGACCUGAGGGACAUGAUCAGCAUGUACCUGCCGCCCGGCGGGGACAGCGCGGAGCACUCGGCCCUGCAGGGCAGCCGGUUACACAGCGUGCACCCCCACUACCAGAGCGCGGGGACGGGUGUCAACGGGACCCUGCCUCUCACCCACAUCUGAGCGAGAGCAAAAGAAGACUUAACUAUUCAAAAGGAAAAAAACAACAACAGCAACAACAAAAAAAGUACUUGCAUACUUGAACUUUUUGCUUGUUGGAAAGCGACUGUGUCAAACUCGAGGCCUGGGGGCCACAUCCGGCCCACUAAAGCAAAUAAAGUGUCUGAUUCAUGAAUUGCAUUUUUUUUUCAAGUUUACAAGCGUUUAUCCCCCAAAAUACCUUGUAUAAAUCGAACAAUCCUUAAAUAUUUGCCCACAGCUAUUUUCUAUGACUUCUCAUUUCAAAUUAGAUUUGUUCAUUAAAAAAAUAGGUAAUGAUACAUUUAUGUGGCUUGUAACAAAAAACGAGUUUGACACCCUUGCAAAAGAAACAAUUUUCACACGCAAUAUUUUUAUGUUCUCGUUGUGCUGUUUUGGACUGAGACUGAGACCAUUAAGUCCGCCAGAGGAAAUUGCAUUGCAAAAAAAAAAAAAAAAAAGAUUAAAAAAAAGGCAGUUUUUAUGAUCACAACGAUAUAAGCAAUCAAAGUGAUGUAGAAAAAUUGGACUUCUAUGUAUUAAAUAAUGCCGCAUUUUCACCUGUGUGUGAAAAGGCAAGUGGCCUCGUGGAGAGGCUGGUUUAUUUCAGAAAAAAAAGUUUACACUUAAUUUGUAGAAUGUCAGCUGUCCAAACUUGUAGACCUUUUCCUUUUCUUUCCUCUCAUCACCUGUUUUUUUUUUUUUUUUUUUUUUAAUUUUAGGUUGGAAUGAAAUCUUAAGACUGUGCUGGUCGCAAGCGCAAGUUUUUAUUUAUAGUUACCCCCUCCCUCUUUUCUUAGCUUGUGAUCCCAAUGUUUUGUCAAGUGAAAAAUGUGUUCACAUUUGUUUUUGUUUUGUAAUUUUCUGUGAUGGUUUUUAGUUUGUGUUGUUUUUUUUGGGCAGUGUCAACUUCACUCAUUUGCUGAAGUAAAAAAGUUUUUUUUUUUUAAUUUAAACUGACGUUUCUACAUAUUUUAAGAGCCUCUGCUAUUCUUAAAUGCUGAAUAAAUUUGUAUAAAACAU